AUGAAGCUUCUCCGUGCGCUUCUUUUGUGUCUCUUGAGCAUCAUAGCGAGCUUUAUUAUCCUCAACUCUGCAGCCGAAAAUAAAUGGGCUGGUAACCCAUUCAUUCAUAAACCACGUCUACAUAACCAUUUGCGCACACCUACUGAUAGCUACAAACUAGCUGCUGAAAUAGAGAAUCUUGUUUAUAAGUUCUUAUACGACGAAUCGCAAGCUUCAAAAGGCAAUGUUAACUUUUAUAGAGAGUUUCUGCUUAUGUUCAAUUCAUACGUGAAUCCUUGUGGGUCCAUUUACGAUGUGCUUCCCGAAAGUUUGCUUGCCAAACUUGUGCUGGCUUUGAUUGAGGUUAAUUUUCAAAAGGAGAUUAUUUUAUCUGCACAGUUGGAUACGGCAGACAUCCCCAUAAAUGCUUUUAAGAACUCUUUAGACCAGGUCAGCAAAGUUUUUUUCGAAUACAAGGAUUCAGUUAAUGCUCUUGGCGAGUUAGGAAAAUCCGAAUCCGACGUGCUUGACGGGAUUUAUCUGAAUUUGAUGAACAUGUACACGCCACAUGGCAGUCCUAGCGCAAAGUCCAUCUUUUAUGCGAAAGUUUUUGUCAACUUAUUUCAAGCACUUGACUUGAUUUUGCAGAAAAUGAAAAAUCACGUCAUCGAAUCUUGCGCUCUGGUGAUUGAGGAAUACCUGAACGAAAUUCGCAUCAAAUAUGGCAGUGCUAGUGACGCUCUAAACCUUAAAAAUCCCUUUGACAUUUCAUAUUGUAGCAAGGUGCUUUGCCAUUCUCCAAUACCGACGUCUCUAUCCAUUUCAGUUGUAUUCGUGCUUUCCUAUUUAAAAGAGUUUCCUUCCAAGACUGCAUACUUUGAUAAAAGUUGCAUUAUCGAGCUUAUGCAGACCGAUUUUGAGCGUCUGGGAGGUCAAAGUGAUCGCAAUUCGCACGUUGGGUUGAAGUCGAGCUCGGGCUGUUCUGUAAAUGCCCCCAAUUGCAGUCCUAAAACUCAAAAAAUGUUCAAUCACAAGGUCCAAAGCUGUUUUGAAAAGGUUGAAGAUCUAUUAUAUGUAACUCCGGAUUUGCUAAAAGGCCUCAUCAAGAACCACGUGGUUUUGACAGAUAUUAAUCAAGCUGAUUUCAUGCGAGCACUUGUUCUGUCAAAUCAGAUUCAUCGUAAAGAUCAGCAUGCAUUGGCACUCGGAUCCGAGCCAGACACCGAUGUGCAAAAAAAAGAGCUAGCAGACCUGAUAAAGCCCAUGUCGACGCUAAGUUCUUUUUGGCUUCUGAUUGAUCUGUUGUUUAAAGCUUUUUUACGCGAAAUUGGAUGA